AUGUGGUUCGACUGGGAGGCCCAGCUGCUCCAGAGGGUGGUGCUAGACGAGGAAGUGGUGGCUUUCAAGAAGACGGUGUUCGACUGGGAGGCCCAGCUGCUCCAGAGCGCGGUGCUAGACGAAAAGGCGGUGGCUUUCAAGAAGACGGUGUUCGACUGGGAGGUCCAGCUGCUCCAGAAGGCGCUGCUGGACGAGGAGGCGAUGGAGUUCAAGAGGACGGUGUUCGGAUGGGAGGCCCAGCUGCUCGAGUGGGUGGUGCUUGACAAAAAGGCGGUGGCUUUCAAGAAGACUGUGUUCGUCCUGGGAGGCCCAGCUGCUGCUGCAGAAGGCAGUGCUGCGGUGCUCGACGAGGAUGCGGUGGCUUUCAAGAAGACGGUGUUCGGAUGGGAGGCCCAGCUGCUCGAGAGGGUGGUGCUUGACAAAAAGGCGGUGGCUUUCAAGAAGACUGUGUUCGUCUGGGAGGCCCAGCUGCUGCUGCAGAAGGCAGUGCUGUACAAGGAGGCGGUGGCUUUCAAGAAGACGGUGUUCGACUGGGACGCCCAGCUGCUCCAGAGGGCGGUGCUAGACAAAAAGGCGGUAGCUUUCAAGAAGACGGUGUUCGACUGGGAGGCUCAGCUGCUCCAGAAGGCGCUGCUGGACGAGGAGGCGAUGAGGGUGGUGCUAGACGAGGAAGUGGUGGCUUUCAAGAAGACGGUGUUCGACUGGGAGGCCCAGCUGCCCCAGAGCGCGGUGCUAGACGAAAAGGCGGUGGCUUUCAAGAAGACGGUGUUCGACUGGGAGGUCCAGCUGCUCCAGAAGGCGCUGCUGGACGAGGAGGCGAUGGAGUUCAAGAGGACGCUGCUGCUGCAGAAGGCAGUGCUGUACGAGGAGGCGGUGGCUUUCAAGAAGACGGUGUUCGACUGGGACGCCCAGCUGCUCCAGAGGGCGGUGCUAGACAAAAAGGCGGUGGCUUUCAAGAAGACGGUGUUCGACUGGGAGGCUCAGCUGCUCCAGAGGGCGAUGCAAGACGAAAAGGCGGUGGCUUUCAAAAAGACGGUGUUCGGCUGGGAGGCCCAGCUGCUCCAGAAGGCAGUGAUGGACGAAAAGGCGUUGGCUUCCAAGAAGACGGUUUUCGACCGGGAGGCCCAGCUGCUCCAGAAGGCGUUGCUGGACGAGGAUGCGGUGGCUUUCAAGAAGACAGUGUUCGACUGGGAGGCCCAGCUGCUCCAGAAGGCGGUGCUGGUCGAGGAGGCGAAGGCGGUGCUGGACGAGGAUGCGGUGGCUUUCAAGAAGACGGUGUUCGACUGGGAGGCCCACCUGCUCCAGAGGGCGGUGCUAGAUGAAAAGGCGGUGGCUUUCAAGAAGACGAUGUUCGUCUGGGAGGCUCAGCUGCUCCAGAGGGCGAUGCAAGACGAAAAGGCGGUGGCUUUCAAAAAGACGGUGUUCGGCUGGGAGGCCCAGCUGCUCCAGAAGGCAGUGCUGGACGAAAAGGCGGUGGCUUCCAAGAAGACGGUUUUCGACCGGGAGGCCCAGCUGCUCCAGAAGGCGUUGCUGGACGAGGAUGCGGUGGCUCUCAAGAAGACGGUGUUCGACUGGGAGGCCCAGCUGCUCCAGAAGGCGGUGCUGGUCGAGGAGGCGAAGGCGGUGCUGGACGAGGAUGCGGUGGCUUUCAAGAAGACGGUGUUCGACUGGGAGGCCCACCUGCUCCAGAGGGCGGUGCUAGAUGAAAAGGCGGUGGCUUUCAAGAAGACGAUACGAAAGGGAGGUGCAUUCAAGAAGACGGUGUUCGACUGGGAGGCCCAGCUGCUCCAGAAGGCGGUUCUGGACGAGGAGGUGGUGGCUUUCAAGAAGAUGGUGUUCGACUGGGAGGCCCAGCUGCUCCAGAGAGCGGUGCUGGACGAGGAUGCGGUGGCUUUCAAGAAGACGGUGUUCGACUGGGAGGUCCACCUGCUCCAUAUGACGGUGCUAGACGAAAAGCCGGUGGCUUUCAAGAAGACGGUGUUCGUCUGGGAGGCCCAGCUGCUCCAGAGGCCUAUGCUAGACGAAAGGGAGACUAAAGGGAGGUGCCUUCAAGAAGACGGUGUUCGACUAGUAGGCCCAGCUGCUCCAGAGGCCUAUGCUAGACGAAAGAGAGGUGCAUUCAAGAAGACGGUGUUGGACUGGGAGGCCCAGCUGCUCCAGAAGGCGGUGCUGGACGAGUAG